AUGCAUUCGUUCAAAGGAAAGAUGCGCGGCAAGGAGGCGGAUGACUCUGACUCGGACGAAUCUUUUCACUGUUGCGGAAGGCCAGAGGAUCUGAUUGCAGAUGCCCAAUCCCUAAUGGAAGAAUUAUCUGACCCGGAUGCGAGCGAGGUCCACGUACCGGACGAUCAAAACUACUACCUCUAUUCCGCUGGGCUUGAACGGAUGAAUUCUCCCAACAACAAAAGUUCAAAACGUCAAUCGGCCUCAUCAAUCCACGAGUUCCGAAGAGACAGGAGCUCAACCGUCUACUCCUCGGAUUCCGAAUCCACGCGGAUCGGAAGCCCUCUCCUGAUCAUCAAAACCGGCGAACUAGCCCCACCAUCUCCGUUGUCCGACAUGAGCCAACUACAAUUGCAACUGAUCGAGCCUACAACUACCCAGCCGAAGAGGAAACCAAGAUGGAAGAUCCAAAUCCCUCGAGCCCAAAGUUUUAUCAGAAUGGCGGUCAGUCCAAACGAUGAUUACCCACAAAGUCCCGAGCUUCCAAGUCCGACUUCUCAAGCCUCCGAUAGUCCACCACCAACAAAGCUUGCACAGCGCCGACGCGGCAGGAUUUUCAAUACCGACAAACUUCCUGAGGAGCUGAAAAAAUUGGCCAAAUCUCCUCACUCAGAUGGAAGCGCUACUUAG